AUGUUUCGGACCUCUUUACGGCCUAUCUCAGGCCGUUCAAACCGACAUGUUUGGCUCUCUUUAGUUAGCCCUGGCGCGCCCAGUUUGCGCCAGUUCCACCGCAUAUCGGCACUCCGUAUAGACUCAAGCGAAAUAAAGUUGGAAACUGAUUCAAUUAACGCGUCAACCGAACCUCCAGCGUCACUGUCGCCCAAUGGUCAAAUUCCAGUGACAGAAGAUGCCGCCUCUUCUGAACCCAAGCCAACUUCGAAGUUGCAUGAUCUUUCACCGAGAGUACUCACUGCUGCUAUGUGGGAUGAAAUGACAGCCUCGCAACGAAAGAAUUACAGAAAGCGGCAUUACGACGAGUACAAGAAGUUCAGGCAGACAAGGCUAGCCAACAGAGAAAUAAAAUCAGUCGGAGAUCAAAUCAAACCCAACAAAGCAAUUGAGUCUGAAUUGGCGCCGAUCGAAGCAGCAAAGAAAGAGGCAACACCACCAUCAGAAGCAGCACGGGUGGAAGCAGAACAAAUUAAGGCCUUGCAGUGGAAGGUGAAGACAACGGACGUGGAAGCCGAACAGGAAAGAAGGGCCAAUUUUCAGGAGGAAAAAGUGCUGGCCAGUGCUAAUACCAAAGCCAACCUUGCGGCUGAAAUUUUGAAGCAAAAGGAGAAAGAAAGCCAACUCGAAGCUGAGGUUCCAACAGACGGCCCAGCAGAUACGUCGGCGGCCAGUGAAUUCAAGGAGAGCACGCUCAGGCUGAAUUCCACUAGCGAUGUAGUCGCUCAAAUAUUAGAGACCAGCCGGAGGACCAGUUUUGUUGAUCAGUAUCCACCACCAGAAAAGGUGGAUGAGCUAGCUCUUCUUGAAGAGCACGUUUUGUAUCGUGAAUACGGGUUUUUGGACCCGAAGUACAAAGAAUUGCAAUUGGAGGAGGUGCCAGUCCCCAUGCCUCCUGUACCACGCCUCGCCUUUGGUCUCGACCGAGUGCUUUUCAAUCCUGGCGUCUACCAGCUGCGUGACCGUCGAUCUCUUGUCUACAAUUUCGACCCCUAUUUGGACCAGAUCAUGCCCGUGUCGGAAUUUGACUAUUCUACCUUGAAGCCGUACAUCACCUCCUCUAAAGAUGUGACGGCUUGCGAAUUGACCAAGGAAAAUGAAAAGAAGUACUACGGCUCGUCGUCGAGCAUGACUGGAGUUCUCUCUCAUUUCCAUUAUCUUCUGUCCGCGUGGCGGCCUGUCGACACUUCCAAAAUGACCCAGGGUUUCAUCGGCACUCAACGCAACUUCACGCGUCUCUGUCGAUCGCCGACUGCCAUGUUCCUUCUUUAUAAUGAGAAAGAUGAUAUUUACGCUAUUGACGCCGAUAAGGAACACGACCGAACUAGUAUCCUUUCGCACCUGGGCAAGUCAAUGGAAAAGCAACUCACAAUGCCAAAGGAACAGUUUGAGCGCUACCGCCGCAGUGAUGCGAACAAGAUCACCGCCGAGGAAGAAGCAAGCGUCCCGGAGUCAUAUCACUACACCACCAUGGGCAAAUUCCUCAUGCGAUCGCAACUUGACGCCUACGAUCCCAGACUGCCAGGUACAGGCAUGUUCGAUUUGAAAACACGUGCAGUGAUUACGAUCCGCAUGGAAUCUGACACGUACGAGCGCGGAAUGGGCUACGAAAUCAGACGCCAAUAUGGCAGGUGGGAGUCUUUCGAACGCGAAUACUUCGACAUGAUUCGCGCCGCCUUCCUCAAGUAUUCCCUGCAGGUACGCGUUGGCCGCAUGGACGGCAUUUUCGUCGCGUAUCACAACAUCGAGCGCAUCUUCGGUUUCCAAUACAUCACUCUAGGAGAGAUGGAUCAGGCUUUGCACGGCCAACCCGAUACCGACCUCGGAGACACGGAAUUCAGACUAAGUCUCAGCCUGUGGGAGAAGAUCCUGGACAAGGCAACGCAGAAGUUCCCCAAGCAGUCUCUGCGUUUCCACUUCGAGACCCGCGAUGCUCUCAAACCCUUCAUGUACAUCGUCGCCCAGCCUGUUACGGAUGAACAAAUCGAAGCCAUCCAGUCAACGAACGAAACGGAAGUGGAUGCCGUCACAAACAGCCUCCUCAACCCGGAUCAGGUCGAUGAUAGCGAGAGCACAAAGCCCAUCGAAGCCAAGGCCAAAUCCGCUGCCGCCGCCCCCUUCCCCGCAGAGUCCAAGUUUGAGACGCCGGAAUUCGAUACCUCAUUCGACAUCCCAGGUCUUGACCCGGACUACAAGCCUGGAGCCAAUCCUGGAGCCAAUCCUGAAGCUGAGAUUGAAGCCGAUAUUGAAGCCGAUCUUGAGGCCGAUCUUGAAGCCAAUCCUAACCGCCAAUCGGGCGAAUACGACGAGAACGUGCUCGGAAUGACACUCGAAAUUCGUAACCAUGUGAACGGAGAGAUAGUGGACCGACCGGGAAACCAAAAGCUCUUCCUCAAAUACGACAGAUGGUCUAUUGACUACCAGCUCAGCGAGCUUACGGUGGAGGAGACCAAUAAAAUUCUGUGCGGCAUAAAAGAUCGUCGUGAUGUCUAUAAUGUCAUAGAAAACGACGCAGACGACAGACAAAACGAGUUUUUCCAGACUUUGAGAAAGUUUACUGGCAAAGGACGUGCUUUCCGGAAGCGUCUGGAUAAAAACGACAAAAAGCGUGGGAUUCUUGUUUAUAAGGAUACUCACACGCACACUGUCUAG